AAUGGUCGCAUAAAUUAGCAUUGACCGUGUUAAAUUGACGCGCUCCUUUGCUUCCAACUUUUAGAAAAACGGCUGUACAUAGAAGUCUGAAAAAAUUACCGGUCACAGUUUUUGAUACCGUCUUUGCGCGGAAGCGAGCUGGAUAACAGCCGUCAACGGGAUCUAUGUCACGCAUCUAUGUCACGCCUGUCCCUGGCAUAAAUAGUCCAUUAUUUCACUGUGCUGAUCAGGGGCUAGCUGCACGGUGCAAACAAGAACUAAUAACUACAUCGCAUCUGAAAUAGCAGCAUGCAAGGCAAUAAAUUUCCCAGUCACGCGAAGGGGAGACAAAACAGAAUUGGAAAAAAAAAAUUUUUCGUUCGUCGCGAUGACAUUGACGAGCUGGUAGCAUUGCUUCAAAAUGAUCCCGAAAAAGUGCAGAUCGAAGAAGUAUUCUACAAAGCCGUAACGAACAUGGACCUACAAAUGGUCUCCGCUCUUCUAUCGAACGGCGUCAAAAUCGAGAACCUUAACGACUCGAAUCAAACCGCUGUACACCGGGCCUUUGCCUUGGACCACCCGGGGCUUGUAGAACUGCUCCUUCGGCACUGGGACAAAAAGGUCAAUCUUACGGACGAGACUGGGCUCAGUCACUUUCACAUUGCCUGUAUCGCUGGUCUCCAUGGCCUUGUCUUGGAGUUCAUCAAAAGCGGUGUCGACGUGAACCUUCGCGUUGGCUCCGAUGGUCCCACGCCUCUGCAGUUGGCCGUGAAUCAUGUUAGGCCGGAGGUUGCCAAACAGCUUCUGCAACACGGCGCCGAUUCAAGUGUGACGGACGAAGCCGACAGAACGCUGCUGCAUAUCGCUUGCGGCAUUCACGAAAGCAUAGGCGAGGUGAUACUGUCGGAAAAAUUUAAAUCAAUCGAAAGUAAAGCAAAAGAGAUUAUCGCGAUAAAACAAAAGACUACGAGAAUCGUUCAGCACCUGAUUCAAUCUGGGAGUAGCGUCGACGCGAGGGAUCGGUACGGCGAGAGCCCGUUGUUCCACGUCUUCCGCGACGACACGCACGAGUACACUGCCCAAAAGUUCUCCAGAAGCUCGCUGGAUUACCAGAUACACAAGGACAAUUUCCGCAGAACGAAGCUGGCGAUGAUCACCAGCUUAAGAAUGGGUCAACACGAGAAUCUCAACCUCCUAUUGUCCCACAAAGCGGACGUUCGGAUUCGCAGCUACGAGACAGGAGACACGAUCUUGCACAGAGCGGUCAAAGAUUUGCAGACACUGAGGGAUCCCAGAGUUUUCGGCGAGCCGAUUUUCCACGACGUGGCACACGCACGGAUGAUCGAUGAAAUUUUGAAACGUGGACUCGACGUCAACGCUAAGAACAGGCGAGGCGAGACUGCCCUGAUGAUCGCCGCGUCGGUUUUGAGCUCGAACGUCGUAAGUGUGCUGUUGAAUCACGGCGCCAAAUCACGGGACAUUAGGUUUGACGACGGUUUCCGCUAUCCAGGUAUACUGCCCUCGUUGGAAGCUGUUCAUAAUUUCCUAGAAGUCGCAGCGCGGAGGAGUGACAGUCUGAGCAAAACAGAGAGCCUGGCAGUAGUCAGGUUCCUCGUUGACAACAACGCCGAGUGCAAAUACGCGGAUCCAGAGGACGAGGACGCAGGCAAAAAGCUGAGGAAUCUCUUGGAAUUUGGAACGGACGAAAAAGUUAUCAGCACGCUGCAGAAGAUCACGAAGGAUGACGGAUACUCGAGGGGAGUAGUCAACGACCAGAUCAACAGGUACCUGACCAAAUUGAAAAUUAACGGUAUGCACGCGAGCAGAAUAGUCGAGGACUGUCUUGUUAGGGUGACCAGACUGGCCGACACACCGGACAUUCCGCAUCGAGAGUUCAACGAGUUCAAGGCUGAAGCCGAAAAGAUGAGAGCGACCAGACUCGCGUCCGGUCGAUCACUAAUGAGCAUCUUAACUGCACCGGCAGCCGAGGUCUCGUCCUUUGUAAAACGCGGCGAGCACAAGGAGAUAUUGUACUCGAGAUACUUGGACUUCGAAGAGAGUUUCCGCCACAAUUGGGGUAUCGUGAGAGGAUUUUUUGCAAAGUUUCUGAUCCGGAGGUCUCUUGUAAGAGUGCUGAACGACCAUAUGAGGUUUGUCGCCGCGAAACCCCUGCCCGAUCACUGUUGCGAGAGAAUUGCAGUUUACCUGAGCAACGAGGACUUGAUGAGACUCUGCGUGGCGAGUACUGCUGAAGCGCCGAGGCGAGAGACGGAAGCUUGCACAUUGGCCGAUAAGCUUUCGUCGAGCUUGGGAGUCGUAUAAAACGAUUGUAAUUGAGAAAUUAGUUAAGGACCAUCAAUUCAAUAACUUUGUUUAGUGCAUGCACACUUCAGCCCGAGUUUGCUCGCUGUACUAAAUUUUUGUAAGAUUACGUACGUUUACGUUGGUUAUAGUUACACGAUUCGAAAAUAUUAACAUCAGCAUUAGACUGCCUCUGCUAAAACGGCCGUAUUAUCCAUCAACCCUACGACUCUUUCUUAAAAGUUAAUUCUAUAAGAUCCUAUUAAUGAAAUAGAUCCAAACUAUAAAAAUCAGCUUUAUUAGCUGAGCUUACUGAAACUUUGUAUCGACAAGAUAUAUGAAAAAAUUUAGAUUUGGAUAAUAAAUAAAUCAAUUUUUUUAAAUAAAA